CGCCCCCCAUCCCCGCGCCCCGUUCUCCAUCCUCGCAGCCCCGUCCGCCUCGUCCCCGUCCGCUCCAUCAGCCCGGUCCCCGUCCGCCCGGUCCGCCUGGCCCCACGCGUUCUAGCAGCACAGCACCGCUGGCCCGGUGGCCGUGACGAGCGGUGACGCCUCAAUGGUUGCCAGGGCGCGGCGCGCGGGUUUGGAGGCGGCUGCUGCGGGCGGCGGGGUCGCACCUGUCUUGGACGCGCCGCUCCUCCAGCCACUGCGCCAUGAGCCCCGGGGGCACGGGCUGCGCCGCGGGGCUGCUGCUGACCGUCGGCUGGCUGCUCCUGGCCGGCCUGCGGUCCGCGUGCGGGACCAACGUCACCGCCAUCCAGGAUAGCGGCAGCCUGACCCGCGCGGGCGAGGGCGACGGCGAGAGCGAGAGCGAGAGCGAGGCCGAGAACGAGAGCGAGGCCGAGAACGAGAGCGAGGCGGCCGAGUCGGAGAGCCCGCCGGAGCCGGAGGAGGACGUUUCAAAUAGGACAGUAGUGAAAGAAGUAGAAUUCGGGAUGUGCACCGUCACAUGUGGUAUCGGUAUGAGAGAAGUUAUAUUAACAAAUGGAUGCCCUGGAGGUGAAUCCAAGUGCAUUGUCCGGGUGGAAGAAUGCCGUGGGCCAGUGGACUGCGGCUGGGGUAAGCCUCUUUCAGAAAGUCUUGAAAAUGUUAGACUGGCGUGUGUUCAUAUAUCUCCUUCAAAUCGUUUCAAAUAUAUGUGGAAACUUCUAAGGCCAGACCAACAAUCCGUUGUACUGAUAAAUGAUACAGCAAUUCUAGAAGUACAGAGGGACGUCCAUCCCUUGGCUUUCGAAUGUGACACCUAUGAUAAUAAUGAACUAAUAGCAACUAUAAAAUUCACAAUCUAUACGGUAUCUGAAUUGCAGAUGAGGAGAAUGAGCCGACCAGAUGCUGAUGCAGUGCUAGUUUUUGUGCUGACCAUAGGAGUGAUUAUCUGUAUAUUCGUGAUCUUUGUGUUGAUCUUCAUAAUUGUAAAUUGGGCAGCGGUCAAGGCUUUCUGGGGGGCAAGACUCUCAGCUACUGAGGUACAGUCCGACCUGAGUUCUGUGAGAUACAAAGAUUCAACUUCUCUUGACCAGUCACCAACAGAGAUACAGGGAGCAGAAGAUGAUGCUUUAAGUGAAUGGAAUGAAUGAUGUGUGGAUGAUAGAUGACAAACCAAAAGAUAUUAGAGCUUAUCAGAUUGAUUAUUAUAAAAAUAAAAUAUAUACUGAAUACUUUAAUAAUGUUGUGGUGAUGCAGUGUGAGGACAGGGCUUUUGGGGUACUUCUUUAUGGUAGAGUCAUCACUUACUACUUUUAAUUUAUUCUCAACACUCAUCAUUUCAGGUUGGGGACAUUUAUCAACAAAUCUUCUCUACAAAAUUUUAAUCACUUUGAUAACUUCUUAGUUGACUUAAUUUUUCUGUUCUGAAUAAGAAAAAUGGAGCAUAAUAAUGCCUUGCAUUUGGCCUCCCUUCCCCCUUGAGAGUGCUGGAUUGAACUUGCUAAUGCAAAUCAAACUUCAGAACCUCUGCGUGUGACAGACAAGGCUUGUAAGACAUGAGAUACUGCCAAUAAUGAUGACAACUAACACAGGGCAACUGCCACGUGCCAAGCAUCGCUCAAAGCAUUUUCCAUAUAUUAAGUAAUUUCAUUAUGAUUGUAUAUAAGAAAUGUGUAAGGAAGAACUGGAGAGGAACUCGGAGAUGACUGAGAAAAGGACACGAAUUUACGGAAGCAGUGAAUUGUGGACU